AUGAUAAGGGAGUUUCUCGGAAAAGGGGUGAUCGUUCCCCUCCCGAAUCCCGGGCUGGGAUUUUACUCCCGACUGUUCCUAGUCCCCAAAAGAAACGGAGACUGGAGGCCAGUAUUAGACCUGUCUCACCUGAACAAGUACACGCUAGUAGAGGCGUUCAAAAUGGAAACUCUCACUUCCAUAAGAACCUCUCUAAAUCAAGGCGACUGGGCUAUUUCAAUAGACUUAAAAGACGCCUAUCUUCACAUUCCUAUUCACAAAACGUCGAAAAAAUACCUCCGGUUUGUGUUCGAGGAUCGCAUGUACGAGUUCCAUGCUCUUCCGUUCGGUCUAGCCUCAGCCCCCUACGUAUUCACCCGAGUCAUGAAAGCAGUGGUAGCAAGGCUCCACUGCCUGGGUCUCCGGUUUCAUGCUUACCUGGACGAUUCCCUGAGUCCUGCCAGGUCGAAUCUCCUCUGUGCUUCACAGAGGGAAGCCACUGUGUCUCCCGCCGAUCACCGUCUGAACGCCUUUGUCACGCUAGCACACAAGUUGUGCAAAAAGACUUUCUCCACGCCGAGAGAGAUUCACUUUCUCCUAGGUCAGAUUGAAUCAUUUUCAAAAAUUCUACCCUGGGCGAAACUGGCAAAAAGAGAGCUACAGCUGAUGCUAGCCUCCAAGUGGGACCAUCUGAGCUGGGACACACCCGUUCCCCUCGGGACGUGGUUCAACUCGUCAAUAAGUCAACGGUUAGCGCGAGACUUCCUGUCUCCGACCAUGUCAUUACACCAACCGACACCCACCCACAGACGGGCUGGGGGGCACAUCUGGGCACCCUACAGGCCGACGUUCAGUGGGAACCGCACCUUUCGCAAUCUCCACAUCAAUGUCCUGGAGAUGGAAGUGGUCAAUCGGGCAGUGGAGGUGUUCAAACCCCACUUGGCGAACAAAGUGACUCUCCUUCGUACAGACAACACAACGGUUGCCGCGUCCAUAAACAAGGAGGGGGGGACACAGUCUCCCGAACUCUGUCAGAGAACACUCAUAGUUCCCAACAAAAUGAGAGAUCUGAAGGGUCACUUAAUAGCUCAACACAUUCAGGGGAAGAUAAAUGUACUGGCCGACGCCCUGAGCAGAAGGGGCAUGGUGGUUCAGACAGAAUGGACACUACACCAUUCGGUGGUGAAAGGGAAAUUGUCAGCUUGGGAAACUCCCCAUGUGGUUCUGUUGGCCACACGGUUGAAUCACAGACUCCCCCUGUUUGUGUCCCCGGUUCCGAACCCCCUAGUGGGAGGCAACUCCUACCAGGUCGGGCUGACCCGCCCCCGCGUGGGUGGCAAUGUCAAGGCCGGGUCGACCUGA